GAGAAUGGCAGGUGUUUGUAUCUUGUGUCUCAGACGUUCAAAAACCUCCUUCGACCAUCCCUCGGUGGGCGAACUUCGAGACUCAGAUCCCUAAACACCAAAUAACCAAUUACACGAUCAGGUGGGCAUAUAACAUUACUUUACUGACGCGGCGACACCCUCUGAUUUUAUUGUAUUGGUAACUGAAGUCCACGUGCAAAUAAGGACGUUAUCUCGAGAGAAAUCUUUAUCCUAGGCCCAGUAGGUGCCGCAUCUUCGUUGCUGGAGUUAUCCAUCCGCCAUAUUAUUCGUGUCAACACGAAUUGUGCGCCUUCCGAACAAAGGCUCAGUCACGGUCUGAAUAAGAUCUCUCCAAAGAAUACAGAUAACAUGGCACCGAAGAGGAGACGCGUCGAACUAUCUCCUCCCCCUACCCCUCCCCCUCCGCCGAAACGUCCAACAACUCGCUCGACUCGAAGCUCACAGAAACCACGUGCUGGCCCAGCAAGAAGAGCGCGAAGGCCAACUACUGCAGCUACAGCGCGCGUCCCAACUCCUGCACCUUUUCUUCCGUUACCUACUCCUCCUGUACACCAUCGACCCGCCUUAGAGCUUGUGGGUUGGGGCAGCGGACAAGAUGGCCAACUUGGUACGGAGGCGCAAUACGAGGCCAAAAAACCGAAGAAGAAUAGAUGGAUGACUCAGAAGAUGGAGGAAGGCGCGUUUGGUCACGAGCCGGAAGCAGGUCUAGAAUCUAUUACUGCUGCUGGAAUGCAUAGUCUUUUUAUAGAUGAGAAGGGAGUGGUGUGGUCGUUUGGAGUCGAUGAAGAGGGAGGUCUCGGACGUUUGACUGACAAGGUCGUCAAAGACAAGAAACAGUCUGCAGACGCGGACAAGCCGAUAUUAGAUCCCCCCACUUUACCUGCACCAAUACGAAGCCUUGAAGAAGAAGGUUUCCGUGCAGUGAAAAUCAGCGCAUGCGAGACUGCGUCUAUUGCCAUAAGUGACAAGGGAGAACUACGUCUUUGGGGUUCAUUCCGAGCAAGUGAGGGAAGAAAACUUGGAUUUUCCAAAUCAGUUAGCAAGCAAUUCUUGCCAACCUCACUUUUGGAACUGAAGGACGAGAAAUUCGUCGCAGCCGCGGGCGGUGAUAAUCACCUAAUCCUGCUCACUCAGCGCGGACACAUUUACACCCUUGGUGUAGGUGAAGAUGGCCAAAUGGGUCGACGUAUUCUAGCACGACACACAGUCGAUGGUACCUCUCCAGGUAGAAUCAUACUCGGGACCCGGUCUCGUCUCGCAGUCGUCAUCGGAGCCGGGCGAAACACUGGGUUUGCUGUAGACAGCCAAGGAACAACUUGGGGAUGGGGAAUCAACUCCCGUGGUCAAACUGGGACAGGCAUGAACAAUGUGGAAAUCGACAAAUCAGUUCAUACGCCAAAACCUGUGAUUGGACUGAGUCCCUCUGAUUUAGAUGGGGCAACUGUUGUUCAGAUCGCUGGAGGAAUGUUUCAUACCAUUUUCCUCACCUCUGAUGGAAGAGUCUAUGCUUGUGGCGAUACUACCGAAGGACGGUUGGGUAUUCCUGCAGACGACGAGAGACUCCAGAAUCUCCGUUUUGGUGACAGACUUCCAGAACCGACACUAGUCAGUUUCCCGGAACCCGACGAUCGAGUCGUAGAGAUCUCUUGCGGGGCUAACUGUAACUUCGCUAUCACUGAAGCUGGGGCGUUGUAUUCUUGGGGCAGACAGGUGACAAGUGAACUAGGACUGGGACAUGACGACGACGUUGAGACUCCGACGGCUGUUAUACCCAAGGACCAUCCGACGUUUUCUGUUGUACACGUCUCUGGUGGUGGACAGCAUGUUUUGGCACUAGUGCGCAAGAAGGCAUGAACGAACUAUUGAUUCUUAGAUUGUCAUAUGUACACAUACCCAUUCCAGAUAGUAUGGAAGCACCACAUUGUACCAAACCGUCUUCGUUGUUCUAAUGCUUUGGCGGCCUACUUAUGCCCAUAGCAGUGUCUGUUCAGUACACUUGGCAGUCGUGAACAUGCAAUACAGGCUUCUCGUGAGACGCCGAC